AUGUUCCGUCCCAUGCGAUUCCCCGCGCCUCGGAGCCUGCGUUCCAUGCGAUGGAACUCGACCAGCUCUCCGACUAUGCCGCCGCUCAUGGCCAAAAUCAGAACGGAUCUUAAGACGGCCAUGAGAGCAAAGGAUACUGCUCGAUUGAACGUCCUUCGCGCCCUGAUCUCGGAAACCAACAACUCCCAAAAGACCUCGUCUCCCAUUCAGACCGAUCUCCAGCUCCUGUCGCUGAUCCGCAAACGGGCUGCGGGCGCAAAGGAAGCCGCGCAACAGUUCGCCGAAGCCGACCGACCUGAUCUCAAAGAGAAGGAAGACGAGCAGGCCACGAUCCUCGAGGAAUAUGCGGGCCAGGUGGAGACCAUGAGCCUGGAUGAUGUCCAACAGAUUGUCUCCCAGGAGAUCUCCAAAAUGAAGGAGUCCGGCAAGAAGGUUGAGAUUGGAUCGUUGCUCAAGGCUCUCUUUGCUCCUGGUGGUGCCCUGGAUGGCAAGCCAGCGGAGCGAUCGGAGGUCGCGAAGAUUGCCAAAGCAGCCGUUUCGGCAGCUUGA